AUGAAGCAGAAGGCGCCCCUUCUUCCUCUUCCAAUCGGGGUGAAGGUAUCCGAAGUGUUUGGAGGCUUCAAGUUCACCACAAAGGAUCACGCCCAGUACAACUCAUUCCCGCCAGAAUGGACUGUUUGCCUUUCAACAAAAGUCGCCCGUCCUCCAAACAGCAGGGAACCCGAAACGCGCGCGUUUACCACCCCUACCCUGGAGAAUGAUAGGCUGUAUCUGUCCUCUUUGUCCCUGCCUUCCUGUGAGGACCUGAAACCGGGCAGCGCGUCGACGAGAAUUGCAGCAAUGGUGUUAUGGGUCACAUUCUUCUGGUAUUUUCAGGAGCCAGAGCCUACGCCAGAUCCCUCCGAGCCACCCCAUCCUUCGACUGGACCCAAUCCGACCGGAUCAUGGCAUCUGAUCAUCGAACCGCGCGGUAUCCUGAGCCGGAAAGAUCAAAUAGUCAAGGUAGAACGGUUGGGCGUCUUUGCAAGUAAGGACUCUUCUGUUGGCUUGAAGAAGGAUACAAUAGAGCUGCCCCAGAUGUUCAUCAGCCAGAAAGCAUUCUGGGAGCUUGACCCUAGGGUCCAUCUCUUCAGCAUCAGCUCGGUGAUGCCGAACCCCGGAAAGUCAUACCCAGCCCCAUCUGGUUCACUUGAUUCGCUCGGAGUAGGGUUUCCCUUCGGUGCCGGCCCUAAUACAUCGGGCUGUUUCAUGCCUCCAUACUAUCCGCCGCAAGCUUUACAAUAUACAUAUACUGGAGACAUUCUUCACCCACUACGCCCAAAAGCAUACAAGCAAGGGGAGGUGUUUUAUGUCAGGCACAUUCAAAGUGGCAAGGACUAUCUGACCCUUCGAGUACCUGUCUUGCCCACCACGGAUGAAGCCCCAAGAAACAGACCACCAGGGGAAUCGAAUGGCUCCGCACCGGGACCUGACCUCUGCCUCGACUCUGAGCAAGCGAAUGACUUGAGGCUAGUCCAUGAAUGGCUGAGGACAAGACCACAAGAUACAGCUCUCCCGCGUCCGGCAUCAAUAGACGAGCAUGAGAGUUUCCUCGAAGACCGCAUGUGCAGCCAGAGUUCAUUUCCCGUUAUGGUCUGCUGGGACUCGGCCCCAACAGGGUACUGUGAGCUGUUUUGGGUCCUGGAGGACCCUGUUGGUCGUGUACUAGGUGAUGCUGGAGGGUUCGACCGUGGCAUACGAUGCUUGAUGGGGGAUAAGAAUUUUCUCGAGCCAAAACAGCUGAAGAGAAACAUAAGCUCCUUGAUCCAUUACUGUUGGUUGCAUGAUCAGAGGACAGAUACUGUGGUUCUCGAAUGCCGUGCCAAUAAUAUUGAGUACGCCUUGUCCACGAGAGUCUUAUCUAACCCAAUGCUAACAUACUGCAGUAUGAUAUCCACACUGGAGACGAUCGGACUCAGCAAAGUCGACAAUGUCAAGCCCCCGAGCGAAAACAACAUAAUUAUGCGCAUUCACAGGAGAGAAUGGUUGGCGCCAGUCAUUUAG